AUGGCCCCUCAUUCCCACAACAAGUGUCAUUGUAGUGCUCAUACCGGGCAGUUCAUUAGCAAAUCUUCACGUGUUGACAGAUCCACGUCCGCCGAUGAUAGUGAACCCAGUGUUGAAUCAUUGGUUGAGAACUUGGAGGACGCGAUAAUGGAGGAAUUGCCUGUGUCAUGUGUGGCCGGGUCUCCAGCGUCCCCCCCUGCCCCUUCUGCCGCUCCUUCCCCUGCUGCUCCCCCUCAAUCUCCUACACUUGCCCCUGUGUCUGGUUCCCCCGCUCCCACUACCCCUGUUCCCGCGACCCCUACUCCCGCUACUCCUGGUUUUGCCACCUCUGCCUUCCUUACCAGCUCUCCCCGUUUCAAGGAGAUGUUGCGUAGGCUCAGUGAACCACAUUUCCCAGCAUGGGAAAUCAUUAUGGGUUUUGCUGUGCAUGAAGUCAUGGUGUUCACAGACAUCAAGGAACUUUUUACAACUGUAAAGUUCAACAUUGCAGGGACAUCUGCUCUGGCAAAUUCCUUCAGAAUGAUAGAUCUGUAUCAGCCUAUUCUCUGA